CAGUUCAGUUAUAUAUACCAUCUCUCUCGCUCUCUCUCUCUGAAUCAAAAGCUAUUGAAAAAAGGAAAAACUACAUACAAUGAAUCCAAACGUGGGAGAUGUCUUAUCUGAAAAACACAUUGCUGAAUUUCAAGAAGCUUUUUGCCUAUUGGACAAAGAUGGUGAUGGGUGCAUUACCAUUCAAGAACUGGGAACUGCCAUCAAGUCAUUGAGUGUAAAUCCAACACAAGAAGAAUUGGAAAACAUGAUCAGCGAAGUCGACACCAACGAAAAUGGGACCAUAGAAUUCGGAGAGUUCUUGAAUCUCAUGGCAAGAAAAAUGAAGGAAAAUGAAGCAGAUGAAGAACUGAAAGAAGCUUUCAAGGUGUUUGACAAGGAUCAAGAUGGCUACAUUUCACCUAACGAGUUGAGGCGUGUAAUGAUGAAUUUUGGAGAGAAACUGACAGAUGAAGAAGUGGAGGAGAUGAUUAAAGAGGCUGAUUUGGAUGGAGAUGGUCAAAUUAACUACGAAGAAUUCGUCAGGAUGAUGCUGGCCGUUUGAUCAAAUCAUAUAUAUCUAUAUAUAUCAGGACUCAUUGAUUAAAAUUAUACAUAUAUAUAUAUAUAUAUAUAUAUUUUGAGAACAAGAAAAUCAAUUCCACGAUGUAUCAUAAUUGUGAAAUACUUUUCUAAUAUAUGUAUGUUUGGUAAAGACUUAGUAUAUA